CCAGCGGGCACCCAGCGUAGGAAACUGUUUACAGGCAACAUGACUUCAUUAACGUGGGGACUGAUCUGCUUCAUCGGCUCUCUGGCAUCAGGUGCUCAGGGAGUUUACCCACAGCUUCGGACCCAGCACCGACAGAUCCACUCAGGUAGUCCAAUAAUCCCACGAGCGUCCCCGAAAGUACACGCAAGGGUUUCUCAGUGGUUUGAAGAUAUCAAAUCUGCUGAGCAAAUCUCUGACGAAGCCCUGAGCACUGAAAGUGAUUACACUGACCGAGGCUUCCAGCAGCAGCAGAGUGUCCGGCCAGGAGUCAGCAGCCUCCAGGCGCAGGAGAGAUGGAGGAGUGACAGGGCAGCUGGCAGCAGUAAUUCCAGGUCUCGCUAUCAGCCUGCCGAUCAACUGCUGCCAAAGAGGGAGCUGCCUGCACCGCUGCAACUCAAUCCUGCACCAUUCACAUCUCGGCAGCCUGCUAAAGACUUGGGUGUCUCUGCUGCAUCCAUCAGAACUGCUGCAGCAACAAGAUCCAACUGCAGAAAUCGGCCCAUAGACCUGGUCUUUAUCAUAGACAGCUCCCGCAGUGUACGUCCGGCUGAGUUUGAGAAGGCCAAGGACUUCUUGGAAGACAUGGUGGACAGCUUGGAGAUUGGGUACGAUGCCACCAGAGUUGGCCUCGUCAAUUAUGCCAGCACAGUGCAGAUCGAAUUCCUGCUGAAGACGUAUUUUGACAAGUUUGCCCUAAAGCAGGCACUGGCCCGAGUCGAGCCCCUCGCCUCAGGCACCAUGACAGGCAUGGCCAUAAAGACUGCUAUGGAGAAAGCAUUUACUGUUGAGGCAGGGGCCCGGGCCACUUCCUUGAACAUUGCCAAAGUGGCCUUCAUAGUGACGGACGGGAGGCCCCAGGACAAGGUGGACGAAGUGUCAGCCGCAGCCCGUGCCUCUGGGAUUGAGAUCUAUGCAGUGGGAGUGGACAGAGCUGAUAUGAUGUCACUCCGCCUCAUGGCCAGCCCCCCACAUGAUGACCAUGUCUUCUAUGUCGAGACCUAUGGUGUCAUAGAGAAGCUAACUACCAAAUUUAGGCAAACCUUGUGUGGUAAGGAUGAUGAUAACGGGAGUGCGGACACUUCAUUAAAUGGUGGAAUUGAUGAUUAUGGCAGAAAAAACCCUAGUGGGAUAAAUAAUGAAAAUGACGAUAAAGGAAACAACGGUUUGGAUGCAUGUGCUCUUGGACACGAUUGCCAGCAUAUUUGUUUCAACAAUGGCGACUCGUACACCUGCAAGUGUCGCCAGGGCUACGUCUUGAACCCGGACAAGAAAACAUGCUCACGAUCAGAUCCAUGUGCCCAUGGAAAUGAUUGCCAGCACAUUUGUAUAAACAAUGAUGACUCGUACAUCUGUGAGUGUCGAGAGGGAUAUGUGUUGAAUCCAGAUAAGAAAACAUGCUCACCUUCAGAUAUGUGCGCCCGGGGACACGACUGCCAACAUGUGUGUGUUAGUUCUGAUGACUCCUACAUCUGCAAGUGUGGAAUGGGAUAUGUGUUGAAUCCAGAUAAGAAAACGUGCUCACCUUCAGAUACGUGUGCCCAGGGAAAUGACUGCCAACAUAUUUGUGUCAGUACUGAUGACUCGUACAUCUGCAAAUGUCGGAUGGGAUAUGUGUUGAAUCCAGAUGAGAAAACAUGCUCACGUUCAGAUAUGUGUGCCCAGGGACAUGACUGCCAACAUAUUUGUGUGACAACUGGUGACUCGUACACCUGCAAGUGUCGAAUGGGAUAUGUGUUGAAUCCAGAUGAGAAAACAUGCUCACGUUCGGAUAGAUGUGCCCAGGAACAUGACUGCCAACAUAUUUGUGUCAGUACUGAUGACUCGUAUACCUGCAAGUGUCGAAUCGGAUUUGUGUUGAAUCCAGACCAGAAAACGUGUUCACGUUCUGAUCCAUGUGUCCAUGGAAAUGAUUGCCAGCACAUUUGUAUAAACAAUGAUGACUCGUACAUCUGUGAGUGUCAUGUGGGAUAUGUGUUGAAUCCAGAUAAGAAAACGUGCUCACGUUCAGAUACAUGUGCCCAGGGACAUGAAUGCCAACAUAUUUGUGUCAGCACUGAUGGCUCUUACAUCUGCGAAUGUCAAAUGGGAUACGUGUUGAAUCCUGAUAAGAAAACAUGCUCACGUUCAGAUGCAUGUGCCCAUGGACAAGACUGCCAGCAAAUUUGUGUCAACAAUGAUGACUCGUAUAUCUGCAAGUGUCGAUUGGGAUAUGUAUUGAAUCCAGACCAGAAAACAUGCUCAGUUCCAGGAUUGGAUGCUUGUGCCCAGGGACAUGAUUGCCAGCACAUAUGUGUCAACAAGGGAAACUCAUUCAUCUGCAAGUGUCGAGUGGGAUAUGUCCUUAACAUGGAUAGGAAAACAUGCUCACGCUCGGAUGCAUGUGCACAAGGACAUAACUGCCAACAUAUUUGUAUCAACAAUGGGGAUUCCUACAACUGCAACUGUCAUGUAGGAUAUGUGUUGAAUGCAGACCAGAGAACAUGCUCACAGGAAAUGAGAGCUGAAAUAACCCAAGAUGCCUGCAUGUGUGAAGCUCAGAUUGUGUUCCAGAAAAAAGUACAGUCAGCUAUCCAGGAGCUGAGCAGAAAAAUAGAUGAACUUUCAGAUAAAGUGAAUCUCUUUGAAGAUCAACAGCAGUAUUGAGAGCAGCGGUUCCUGGCGAAAACAUGUUAAGGAAUUGCAAUAUAUUCACUUUUCCUGACUGUAAUCCUCAAAAUCUCUUGUCUGGUACAUGUCUAAGAUUUGACAGAGAUGUUGCCUUUUGAAUUUCUAACUGUUAUUACUUUGACAGUCAGGUAAAUCUGGUGUAAAUGUCGACAUAUACCUGUGUAGUUGUAAGCAUGGUUGCAUUGAGUUCUGAAUCACGCUUUGUAAGAUUAUUAGGGAAAUUGAAGAAAUCAGCAUCAAUUUCUUGUAAAAAAUGCUGUACCACAUUCUUGUUGUGUUUUCACUUGUCCAUGAGCAUUUCUUGGUCAAGUGCUCUUGGUUGAACACAAAGACUCCAUCCAUAACCAUAUUGCAAAAACUAAUCUCUUAUGCAACAAUAGCUUUGUUGCUAUUCCUCUAUUGUAGCAUUAUAACAGGAGAAAAGACCAAAAUAAAAUCUGAUCCAUUUGGCCCCUGAUAAUGCUAAAUCACAGAAUUACUAUAAUCCUUUUCUUUGAACUGAAAUAUCUCUACAACUGUAUUGCACAACAUUGAUUUGACAAUUGUUUGGGGGGUGUUUGUGAUAGAAUGGUCUUUUUGGAGUGGAAGGUAGAGUUCAGGAAGCUUGGAGCAGAUUAUGAAGCCUGGAGCACGUCACGGAUGGUCAUGGACAUUAACACUAAUUUCAAUGCAAGUUUUGAAACCAGAUUUUAAGAUAAGAAUUAAGUUUCUUCACUGCACACUUAUUUCCUUGUACUGUAUUUUCACUGCGUCAUAUCUGUUGGAAUACUUUAGAAAAAUGCGUGCAUUAUAAUGAUUUGGUGCUUUUGUGGCUGAUAAGAACUUGUCUGUGUAUUUUCUACAGAGACGUUGCACAUGGAAAAUAAACACUC